UCACUAAUAUACAGAAAGUUUGCGAGUUUUAUUCGUCCUCUGAAAAUGCGUCUUGCUGAAUUAGGGAUGAUGUGAAGAUUUUGUCUUUUUUGUUGGUGUGUUUUGUAAUAGUAAAUUUUCAAGAGACGUCAUAAAUAUUUUACGUGGGGGGUUAGAUUAAAUCUACUCAGAGGUUUAGUCGUUUGUAUCAGUGGCUGUUCAUUGACUAUUCAAGGCUUUUUGCUUCAUUGUAAACCAGGGAAGGUUCUAUUUUUCAUUUCCUUGCCCACUAAGAGAGAGAGAGAGAGAGAGAGAGAGAGAUGGCAUUUGGGUUCAUGGAGGUGGAGCUGGUGAAAGCAAAGGGUCUUCAUGAUACUGAUGUCUUUGCUCGUAUGGAUCCUUAUGUCCUGUUACAAUACAAAGGUCAAGAGCGCAAGAGCCGUGUAAUUCAUGAGGGAGGCAGAAAUCCUGUAUGGAAUGAGAAAUUUGUAUUCAGAGUAGAAUAUCCCGGAUCAGGUGACCAAUACAAGCUCAACCUUGUAAUCAUGGACAAGGAUGUAUUUUCUGCAGAUGACUUUGUUGGCCAGGCUGCAGUUCAUGUAAAGGAUUUAUUGGCAGAAGGAACAGAGAAGGGAUCGGCUGUGCUUCGUCCUCACAAGUAUAGUGUGGUUCGUGCUGACCAAUCUUAUUGUGGUGAAAUUGAAGUUGGUAUAACUUUCACCUUAAAGGAACAAGAAUAUGCUGAUGAUGAUGAAGAUGUUGGAGGAUGGAAGCAAAGUUUCUUUUGAUUCAGUGUGCUUCAGAUUUGGAUUUUGGAACGUAACAUAACAUGAUUACAUGGAAUAUGCAUAGAAUUUGAAAUCCCUUCUAGUGUCUGUAUGAGAUGUUACGAAAACAGUUGGCAUUAAGAUAGUUAUUAAUGAGUUUAACCGUAAAAUUUGUAUUUAUCAUACACUGAGUGAAGUACAUAAGAACUGCAUGGAACUUUGGUCUCUGAUUAAAA